AUGACUUACUUCCGCAUCCCCCUUGUCGGGCUCCGGCUUCAAAUUGCACUGGUGGCUCUGGUGGUUGCACCAUCCUAUAUUCUUUUUGGAUACAACCAGGCUGUGUUGGGCAGCUUGCUGAGUCUGCGCAGCUGGGUGGACGUGUUCCCUGAGAUCGACACAAUUGAUACCUCAGGGGCACAAAAGUCACACAACUCCACGUCUCAAGGAGCCUGCAAUGCUUCGUUCCAGAUAGGCGCUAUGAUAGGCGCGCUGUCGUUGUCGUUCUACGCUGAAAAGCUGGGUCGGCGGCGAGUCAUCUUCCUCGCAGCCAUCAUCACGUUCAUCGGCCAGGCUUUGCAAUGCUCAGCAACAACUCUUGCUCAGCUGAUAGUCGGCAGGGUGAUUAUUGGGUUUGCAAUCGGCCAGACAAGCGGCACCGUGCCGGUAUGGCAGUCAGAAUGUGCCUCGUCCAAGGAUCGAGGACAGCAAGUCGUCUGUGUCGGCAUCUUCAUCAGUACUGGCUAUUGGCUGUGCAACUGGGUCGACCUGGGAUUCAGCUUCCUUUCAUCAUCGACGAUGCAGUGGCGAGCUCCUCUCAUCAUCCCAUUCCUUUUCUCUGCAGUGCUACUGAUGUCUGUCUUUGCCUUUCCCGAGUCCCCCCGUUGGUUGGCUUCCAAGGGCCGACGGGAAGAAGCGAUGAUCAGCCUCGCGCAGUAUCGCGGGAAAGAACCAACCGAUAUCAUGGUCCAGCGUGAGCUCGCCGGGAUAGAACUCUCGUUUGAGGGCACCGAAAGAGCCUCCUUGAAGGACAUGUUCCGCAAAGACGACCAGGACCGACUGUUCUACCGUUUCCUUCUCUGUAUGGGACUCAACUUCUUUCAGCAGGCCUGCGGCGGCAACCUCAUCUCGGUCUACAGCUCCACCAUCUUCCAAAACUACCUCAACAUGACCCCCACGACCGCCAAAAUCCUCGCCGCGUGCGUGCUGAUGUGGAAGUGCAUCUGCUGCUUCAUACCCUGCUGGACGAUUGACCGGUGGGGCCGUCGUCUCAGCUUCAUGAUCAGCGGGGGCGGGAUGGCCGUGUGUAUGGCCGUGCUGGCCAUCACCACCGGCCUGGGGACCAUCACACACACGAAGGCGAUCGUGUACGUCGCCUUCAUGUUCGUGUUCAAUUUCUUCUAUCCCAUCGGCUUCAUGGGCGGCAAUUUCCUGUAUGCCACCGAGGUAGCCCCCGGGCGACUGCGGGCCGCCAUGUCCUCUUUGGCGACGGCCAACCACUGGCUGUGGAACCUGGUCGUUGUCCUUGUCACGCCGGUCGCCAUCGAUACCAUCGGGUAUGGGUAUUAUGUGAUCUAUGCGCUGAUCUCCGCCACGAUCCCAAUCUGUGUGUAUCUGUUCUAUCCCGAGACGAAGAAUAGGAACCUCGAGAUGUUGGACCAGGUGUUUGCUACUGCGCCGUCGGUUUGGAAGGUGGUGAGCCAGGCUCGGGGCCUGCCGCAGGGUGAGCAGUCUGUUGCUCAGGUGGAGGAAGGAAAGGAGGAUGCGGCUGGUGAUGUAGAGAUGCGCGAACUCAAGCGCCCCCUCACAUACUCGGAAAAGGUGCUCUACAGCCAUCUCGACGAAAGUUUCGACGAACCCAUUACACGCGGACAGUCGCAACUCCGCUUGCGACCCCUGCGCAUUGCCUGUCAAGAUGCGACCGCUCAGAUGGCUCUGAUCCAGUUUAUGUCGGCUGGCAUGGACGCGGCGGCCGUGCCCACAACCGUUCACUGCGACCAUCUGAUCGUCAGUCGUGACGGAGAAGACCAAGAUCUGCCCCGUGCGCUGGAGGCGCAUCGUGAGGUCUAUGAGUUCAUGGAGAGUGCUUGUCAGAAGUACAACAUGGGGUUCUGGAAGCCGGGAGCCGGUAUCAUCCACCAGAUUGUUUUGGAGAAUUAUGCUUUCCCCAGCGGGAUGAUGAUCGGAACGGACUCGCACACCCCGAAUGCUGGUGGACUGGGAAUGAUCGCUAUCGGCGUGGGAGGCGCCGACGCAGUCGAUGUCAUGGCAGGCUUACCAUUGGAGCUGAAAGCGCCCAAGGUGCUGGGGGUACGACUGACCGGUCAGUUGUCGAAGUGGGCUUCCCCUAAGGAUAUCAUCAGUACUGUCGCAGGAUUGAUCUCAGUGAAGGGCGGCACAGGCUCGAUCAUUGAGUACUUCGGGCCUGGUGCCCAGACGCUGUCCGCAACUGGAAUGGCGACGGUGUGUAACAUGGGUGCAGAGACUGGCGCGACGACGUCAAUCUUCCCUUACUCGCCCCAAAUGGCAGACUACCUCCGGUCAACCCAUCGCAGUGCCAUGGCUCGCGCAGUGGGAAGUGUUGCGCCAGAACUACGUGCGGACGAGGGUGCAGAGUAUGAUCAGGUGAUUGAUAUUGACCUGUCGACAUUGGAGCCUCGCAUCAAUGGACCAUUCACGCCGGACCUUUCUACUCCACUAUCCAAGUUCGCUCAGACGGCUGAAGAGCACCAGUGGCCUGAAUUGACAGCUGGUCUGAUUGGUUCGUGUACCAAUUCCUCAUUCGAAGACAUGGGACGUGCGGCGCAUCUGGCUCAACAGGCACUCGAUGCCGGUCUCCAGCCGAAGAUGCCUCUUCUUAUCUCGCCCGGAAGUUUGCAGACCCGCGACACAAUCGAGGAUGCCGGUAUUCUGCCCGUUUUUAAAAAGCUGGGGGCAGUCAUGCUGCCUAAUGCAUGUGGACCGUGUUGUGGUUCCUGGGACCGCACUGACAUGCCCAAGGGCACCCCGAACUCGAUUAUCACCUCUUACAACCGUAACUUCUCCGGCCGGCUGGACUCUAACCCAGCCACGCACAUCUUCCUCACCUCACCCGAGCUCGUGAUGGCAAAGGUGUUCUCCGGAGAUCUCUCGUUCGACCCCACAGUCGACACGCUCACCACCCCCUCAGGCGAGACCUUCAAAUUCCAGCCUCCCACCGGCGACGCCCUCCCCAAGGACGGCUACAAAGAAUCCAGCUCCGCCUACCUCGCUCCCCCAAGCAAGCGAGACAACCUGGAGGUCAAGAUCUCGCCAUCAUCCCAGCGCCUGCAACGGCUCGCCCCGUUCGAACCUUGGCACGGCAAAGACUUCGAUGACUGUGUCGUUCUCAUCAAGACAAAGGGCAAAUGCACAACGGACCACAUCACUCCUGCAGGCCCCUGGUUCCGCUACCGCGGCCACCUGGAGAACAUCUCCAACAACACACUGAUCGGCGCCGUCAAUGCCGAGACAGGACAGGUCAAUUCCAUCCGCAACCAGCUCACCGGCGAGGAAGGCCAGGAAGUCCCCGCCACGGCGCGGUACUACAAGAGCCAUGACCAGCCGUGGGUGGUCAUCGCCGACCACAAUUACGGCGAGGGUUCAUCGCGCGAGCACGCCGCGCUGCAGCCGCGCUACCUAGGCGGGGUGGCCAUCAUCGCGAAGUCGUUUGCCCGGAUCCACGAGGCAAAUCUGAAGAAGCAGGGUAUGUUGGCGCUGACGUUUGCAAAUGAGGCCGACUAUGAUCGCAUUCACGCAUCAGAUCGUGUGAGUAUCCGCGGUUUGGCGGGGUUGGCGCCGGGGACGAACUUGACGCUGCAGGUGACUCCAGCUCAAGGGGAUGUUUGGGAAGCGGAAUUGCAGCAUACGUUCACUGAGGAGCAGAUUGGGUAUUUCCGGGCGGGGAGUGCGUUGAAUUUGAUGAGUGGAGGAGUGAACAGUUCAUGA